AUGCCCGUUUGCUCCCAGAUCUUCUCCCAGAAACUCAAGUGCCGUUUUUUUGAGCCGCCAUUUUUACUCUCCUACCAAGUAAAGGGGGUACCGAAAACCCGGGUUGGGGUUCGUAAAUUUUCGAUUCGUCCCGGGCGGGGACGACCGGGUUCAGGUUCGGGUUCGGGCCAUGAGGUGGGGGUCGAGAAGAGCUUGAUUGAGGAUGAGGCGAAACUCAGUGAUUGGGUCAGUAGGUUGAGUUUUAACUUGUUUAGGAAAAGUCAGGUGUAUAGCGAUAGUGAUGUGGAUGGGAAUAAUGGUGGUGAGAAUGGAGGAUAUAUGAGUAGAGAGGUAGGUGAGAAGAGGAGGAAAGAGAGUGCAUUUGAAAAUGAUGAUUUUGAUUUUCCGACAGGGCGAGGUAGGGGCCGUGUUUUGGAGAAGCCAGUGUAG